CGCAAUACUUAGCAAGUCCAUAUCCAUAUCAGAUAGUACAAGUGAUAGAGGAUGUGCAUUUCCCUAUAAUCCUUUGAUCUUUCGCCACUUUGGGAAGUUAUUGUCUUUAACUUCGAGCAGGCUAAAUAGAUCUCUGGAGCCUUUCAAUCUUGACUAUGUGAUGCCAUGUAAAAGUAUUGGAAAGUGGGGAGCAUUUUUGAAGCUGGUCGAUGUAAUUUUAGAAAAACGGGACAUUAGAAUGAGGGCUUUGACGUCGAGCAGUCAAAUACAAAACACUGACGAUGCAAGAAGUUGUUGCAAGGAUGUUUGUAAAAUACCUGCACGUAAACAUAUUUUUCACAAUGUAAAUAGAUUCAAAGAUAUUGAAUUGUACGCAUACUCUACGCUCUGCUUAAACUUAAUGAAAUGGUCUAAUUGCACCACAAAAAGAUGGAAGUGUAUAAGAAGUCAGUCACACUUGGUUAUUCAUUUACCCUCGAUGAGCUAUCCUUGUUGGCUGAGGUGCAUAGACCGAAAGAAAUUUACAUCUUUACAAAAUAUUCAGAUUGGCCGAAUUGGUUGGUUAGUAAACAAAAAUGCAAACGUACUUUACAUAUAUCCGGGAAAAUCAAAUUUAAAAAUGAAACUCAACUUGUAUAAUUUUAUUGCCAAUGCCAGACCGGAUGUCUGCCUCUCGAGAUUAAGGAUUAUUGUCAAUGAUUUUAAAAACUUACACGAGGAUAUUAAUAGUAAAUAUCCAAGUGGGUGUGAAAGUCUAUUUUACACGCCAAGUGUUUACCACAGAGUCAGUUACAUUUCGUCUGGUUGUUCUGGAUUUAUAAUUCCAGGUGUACUUAGUAAAACAGACCUUUUCAUUGCUUGCGAAUUAAAAACACCAAUUAUUGGACCCUGCUUAAAGUUCCAGGAGCGUUUACUCAACAAAGAAUACGUGAUGUCAAUUCUAGCCGAGGCAAAUAUCAAACACCCGCCGUACUCCAAAGUCAAGAAUUUACAAGACUUAUGCCUGAGAAUGGCCGAGAUGAUGACUCGUUUGCCCUGGGGUUUUCAUAGGAAGUGGCUCCUAAAAUUGAAUUACGGAUUUUGCAGCAAUCAAAGUGCAUUUAUCCAGCUGGACCCUGCCGAAUGCUUCAAAAGGAUGAACGAACUACCAUAUUAUCUGGCACACAUACUUCCACAAAAACUGAUAUUUCAAACAGAAUCUCAUAUGGAUCAUAGCGAUUUCUUCGACAGAAUAAAGGAAUACGGUGCGGUGCUGAUGUGCUGUCCUAUUGUCGACUUCCGGACGGUCAGCUUAGGAUUCUUUAUCGAGCACGACACGGCCAAGGCCAGCCUCAGGACAACCGGUGACGUCAUCCAUAUGCACAACGGGAGCAACUGCUUCACCAACGACUUGGGCUUCAUCAUACCGCAAACGACGCUACCUGACUCGAUGCUGCAGGACUUGGCGAACAGGCUGGGCGAUCUCCUCGUAGCCGAGCUCUACAUCGGCUUCUUCGGUGUCGAUAUCGUCGUUUUUCCUAGCUACGACCUCAACGAUAAUAAGAUUUUGAAUUAUUGGGUAGUGGAUAUUGAUCCUUAUUAUACGGAUCUUCUAUCUUUCGACGAUUGGAGAAGAUUUUGUUUGGAUAUACCCGAGCCCAAAUGCCCAAAUCAGAAAGCUCAAUUGGAUAUAUCACCAUUCGAUUCGAAUCAUCGUUACGUCGUAUGCAGUGGAAAAUUAUACAUCGAUGGUCUAUUUGCUGAUAAUUCGAUCAACGAACUAUGCACAAAACAUAAAAUUGCUUAUAGUUAUAAGGUGAAGACAGGCUGUAUGAUUCAUCCGAUUGAUAUCAAGGAACAGACUUUUCUCCUAUUUUCAUUUUAUCGUUCGAAGGAAUUGGCACUGAAGUAUUUCGUAUUAGCUUUGAAAGCGUUAUAUUAUACAUCUGUCAAUGACAAACAAUUAAUACAAAAAAAUGAGAAACGAGAUAUUAUUAAUCUUGCACGUGAUAUGGAAAUAUACUACAACAUCGUUGACUAA